AUGCGAGUAAGCCCCGAGCAUUUCUUCCGAGUCCUUGCUCCCGCAGCCGUACUUUUAUUGCUCAGCCUUGCCCUGUUGAAAUCGUCCGUUCCGGUUCAAUGGCCUUCUACGCCGGCCAAUCUGUCAGCUUUGGAAGAGCAGCGACGGCCCUCCGGCCAGUUCGCUGGAGCGUCGAGACGGGACGCCGGGAACGGCACCUUGGGUUUCAGCGGCAUCUACUUCAUCAACAUGAAGAAGCGGUAUGAUCGCCUCGACGCCCUCGCGCUGCAAUGUUUCCUGUCUGGCGUAGAGGUCAAGGAGGUUCCCGCCGUAGAACCCGACAUGAUGAGCGACGCAGGCAUGCCGCCGAGCAAAUCGCCAAGCUCGGUAAAGGUAGGCGAGAGGGGAGCCUGGAGGGCGCAUGCAAACAUUUGGUCAACCGUGCUGAGGAAUAACCUCCCGCCCGUCAUCAUCCUCGAAUCCGACGCAACCUGGGACGUCAACAUCCGCAGCAUCAUGCUCAACAUGAACAAGCACUUUCACAAAUUUCUCACAAACAUCAACUCAACCAGGCUGCACAACCCGCGCUGGAGAGACGACGCGGGCGAAUCCGUCCGCAGGACCGAGGCGGCAGACGAUACAUGGCAGAGCGACCACUGGGACAUCCUCAGUCUCGGGCAUUGCCACGACAGCGCGGCAAACAGGAACAUCAGCCUGAUUUACGACGACCCGUACGUGCCGCCGGGCAAGGAGUUUGGCGACACGGUCCUCGGCCGGCAGAGGGUGAUCCGGAAAGCAGGCGGCAUCGUCUGCACGACCGGGUAUGCCGUCAGCCAGACGGGCGCGGCGAAGCUGCUGGUUAAGACGGCCCAGAACCUCGACGCCCCCUUGGACCUGAUUGUCAGGAGCAUGGUGGAGGACGGGGAGCUCGUGGCGUACAGCGUGAUGCCGCCCAUCAUGGCGCAGUGGCAGUACGUGGACGGCAUCGGCAUGGACGAGCGCGGCGCCAACAGCGACAUCCAGGGGGCGCAGGAGGACGAGGAUAAGGACGAGGGCGAGGAGAAGAAGGACUCGUGGGAGGAGGUGGACAGGUCGGGUAGUGUGUGGACGACCAAGCCUUACCAUGAGGACGUGGCCUUUCAGGACAUGGCUCUCGAGGUUGCGUGGCGGAGGAUUUUUGGGCGCAACAACGAGGGCGAGUGA